GGAACGCCCAGUAUAAGCUGGUCCUUCCAUUGCUUACUCAGACUGCACCGACAAUGCGUGGCGAUAAGUUAAACCUAACCAUUGCGUGAAUGUGAGGUUCAUAUUCACAAUGCUUUGCAAACUGGAACGAUGACACAAGAAAACUCCAAGAAUUGACACGACUGAGUAUAUAUCAAUCAAUACUGUCUUCCUCUGGCAUCCCAUAAUGCUUGGGCUACAGGAAACGAGACCAGCUGGGACGUCAUCCACUAAAUCGUACAGCUGUGUGGCAUGCUCAGCCACAUUUCAUGGCUUAGCAUCACUCUUGGUACAUCAAGCAUCUCAUGCCAGUGAACUUUCUAGUCCUUUAGGAUCUACAUCACCUGUUUGCAGUCACUGUGGUGGAUUAUUUGCAAGCAAAGAACUUCUUGAUACACAUCAGUGCAUGCUGUUGCCUCCUCCUGUAAAUCAAGAUUUACACAUAUGUGAAUGUGGGGAAAGGUUUCACGACAUUUGUUCUAUUCAGGAGCAUAAAAAGACACACGAAAUGAAAACGUCUACAGAGCCAGAUAAUGUUUCUUCUAUAAAAAUUGAAGUUAUGACAGAUGGCUGCCACUCUGCUCCAGUUCUUUCUGCUGAGAACUCAACGUCCAAUGGUACUGAGGAGUCACUUCAUGUGCACCCACAGACGCUUUCUAAAACCGAAGAAAAAAAAGACUGUAUAUCUACAUCAAAUGUAGCUCCUUUGCAGAAUCUCCUCUCAGAACGGCAUCAAGAUAGGUUGCUACAAACACACGUGUCUAGUCCUAUGAUUUCCACAGAUGCACACUGUGACUUCUUUAAAAAUAACAAUAAGCUUGAGGAAAAUGAAAGUCUGAGUAGUUCUGACAGUGAAGAAUCACAAAAACAGUCAACAGUAACAAAUAAGAAAACACUUCUUAAAAUGCUUGCUUCUGCCUAUAUGAGCCAUAGACACCCAGCCCAAAUUAAAUGGGGCCAAAAUAAGAGGGCCCUUCCCCCCCGAAAAGUUUCACCUAGAGCGCCUGCACAAUCUCCAGAAGCUAUGUCAACAUCAAACCCUGAGUGCUCUGUUAAUCAGUUAAGACAAAAGGUUGCAAAAUGUGUCCCCAGUCGAGAUGGUUGCAUACUAUCACACAAAAUUUUCUCCAACAAAAGCAGUGUUAUAUCUGUGACCAAGGCUUUGUGCCCUGUGGUAGCACUCGAGACCCGUCAAAAGCUUUACAGGGACAAUGUUGAAGGAAGACAUCAGUGUGGGAUCUGUCGCAAGGUUUUUCAAAACAAGGACAGCUUAAUAAUACAUCAUGCCUUGCAUAGGAAGGAACGAGUAAAAUUUUGUCGCCGUUGCCAGGAAUUUGUCAUCAGUGUAAUUUCUGUUCCUGAUAGCCAUAUCUGUACUGGAUCUGCAGGAACAGCCAACUCUUUUCUCACAGUAAUGUAUCCACAAAAAUUAUUUCACUGUAAAUUGUGUAAUCGGAGUUAUACAAGGCGCCACAGGCUUAAAACACAUAAAUGUCAGUGGUUCUCUACUUCGGCCCGAAGAGACGCUACAGCCCGAAAUAUUAGGUGGAGGCCUAAUGCAAGAGAACAAGACUCAGCAAUAAGGGACUCAACAAGCCAUGUAAAUGUUGCUGUGAAUACUGAGGUUAACUCUAUCAAGACCGAAGAAAGUGCAGAGUCUCCAGAGAAGGACAAAAUUCAGAUGAACACUAACUCAUUUAAGUCUGAAACAUCACCCAAAAGUUUCCCACCUUUUCUUCCUAAUAAAUCUAAAUUUGCGUCGGAGUCAAAAGAAAAUGUUAAUGAAACGUUAAAAAGAGAGAAAUCCAUUAACUCUUCAUCCUCUGAAUCUGAUGAAAGGGUGGAGAGUAACACAGAAGGAAGUGACUUGUUACAAAGAGGCCAGUGGACUAUACCACUUGAUGAUGAUGCUGAAAUGGAUGUGCCGACCGAUGAAGAAAAUUGCAAUAAUUUAGAGGAGGCGCCCAAGGAAAACACUGAUGAUGAAGUCAUUAUUUUAGAACCAUCUGUUAAUUGUGGAACAACAAAUUCAACACCUUCAACAAUUAAAGAUUAUCAAGUGCAUGUUUCUGCUGGUGGAAUAAGGCGUUUUUCCUGUAACAGGUGUCAGAAAAGCUAUUCUAGGCGUUUUACGCUAAAUCAGCACCUUAUGAUUUGUAGAUCAAGAAAAUUAAUAGAGCCAAAUACUUAUGGAAACGUGUCAGCUAAUAUCCUUGGUAUGAAGAAAAAAUUUCCAUGCCCCCAUUGUGGUUCAUCAUUUACUCGUAAGGAUAAUAUGAAUAUGCACCGAAAAAGAUGCCAAUCCAUGAGAGGUACAAAGACACUGGAGGGAAAUGGGAUGCUAGAAAAGCAAAAUCAAGCUGCCCAGGGAAAUAUGUUUGUGUUGCCACCAGUUUCAAAGAGCCAAGUGAACCAGGAGGGCAGUAGUAAUGUUGGAGGUAGAAGCUGGGGCAUUAUGUCAUUACCGUCUGUGCUCCCCCGAAAAGUGACCUGUGAGUGUGGUGCUAGUUUUACUUGCCCUAGACUUUUGUUUGAACAUCUGCAAAUGCAUGCACUAGAGUCUUACAUUUGUUCCCAUUGUGGUGAGAAUUUGCAGUCAUGGGCUGAUUUUGAAGCUCAUCAGCAAUUACAUCUGCAAACUUCAAGCCCGAAAACUGAGGCCAAAGGAUCACCGCAGCAAUCACAUAUGCAGCCUCCGUUUCAACAAGAGCCAAAUAUGCAGACAACGGUGCAGAAUUCAAGAGAGACUCAAGAUCAGUUUAAGUCACGUUUAAAUCACAGGCGCGUCACAGGGCCAUAUGUUUGCCACAGGUGUAAGAAAAUCUUUAGAUUACGCAAGUCUUUGCUACGGCACUUAACACGGAGUUGCAAGGGAGAUUCUACUACUGAAAACAAACACUGUUGUUCCCGCUGUGGCAUGACUUUCCAAAACUCUUUAGCCCAAGAUAUCCACAUGCGAGGAAACACUUGUACCCCUGCUUUCAAACCUCUUCGAUGCCCAGUGUGUGUACGUUGGUUUAGCAGCCUAGAAGGACUUAAAAGACACUUGUUGUCACAUAGCCAAGAAGAAAGUUUGACUUGUCAGAUUUGUGGUCAGAAGUGCUCCAGCCAUGCUGCACUUGAGGAACAUAAACGUAGUGUCCAUAACAUAAACAAGGGUUCUGAGUCACCUACUGUUCAGUCAGCACAUGUUUCCCAAAGCAGCUCAUCAGAUGCCUUUCGCUGCCAGAUAUGUCAACGCAGUUACCCAAAACUCCAAUCCCUGAAAGACCAUCUAAGAAAGGUUCAUAGACCAAAACACCUAAACCCAGGCAGUGUUGGCAAUUUUGAGUUCAAGGAACUGUCAAGAGGCAUUGUGCAGCAUAGUCAGUCCAAACAGUUUCAGUGUCACGUUUGUACUCGCACCUACCAAGAUAUUCAGUCCUUGAAAAAUCACAGGAGGAGGGUUCACCGCAUUCUAGGAGGUGGGCUACAGCCUUCAAGAGGAAAUCUACAGCAAAGUCAUUCCAAUCCAUUUCAGUGUCAAAUCUGUUCACGCACCUACCCUGACAUAAGGUCACUGAGAAACCACAGGAGGCGGGUUCAUCGGAUCCUGGGUGGUCUCGGUCUUGAAAUAUACAAGGGGAGUACUCCUCAAAAUCAGGGUAGUCUUUUCAAGUGCCAGAUUUGCCAGCGCAGUUAUCCAGAUAUAGAAGCACUAAAUAACCACAAAAGAAGGGAACAUUGUAUUUUAAGGGAUGUACUCGAGUCAGCAGACAUGGAUGCCACACACAUGGAACAGUCACAGUCGGAUGUUUUUCAUGUCACAGAUCCCAGUGAAAAUUUUGAAGCUAUUGAAUAAUUAUGGUUUUUGAGCAAUGAACUGAAGUUUGAACUGAAAUCGCACAGACUGUGGGACUUUUUAGUGCACCCAACUUUUACAAUUUGAGUAGAAUUAAGAAAUGGUCAAAGUAAUAGCUUCAAAAUAAUUUAUCUGUAAAUAUGUUGGAUGCUUUCUAAGGUAAAUAUUCCUUAGCUGUUUUAAAAUAUUACUUGUUGAUGUUCUCAUUUUAAUUAGUUGGUGAUGGUUGAUACCACCAGUAGGAUUUUACAGUGGGCAGUUGUGUGGGCACUUCCUGAUUGCUAAAUGUAAUUGGUUCCAACAUGCUGUCGUUUAGUUGGAUAAGAGGGAGUGUUUGUACAAGAGAUUAAAGGUUAAUAACAAUUGCAUAACAGCUUGUAGGUGUGUGACUGGUUAAGUGGACACAUGGCUCUCAUGGAUUGUACUGACAUGGUAGGGUUAGUCAUUUUACUUGGAAUUACUGUAAUAUUGCUAUACAAUAAUUAUUAUUUUUUUUAAUAAUUCAUUAAUAAAACUAAGGUUUUUAAGAAGAAGCAUAGCCUUUUGAUGAGUAUUGUACAUUUUACCAGGCCAUGAGAUUCAGGAUCAUGGCUUUCCACCCUUAGGUGUACUAACAAUGGGCCUUUUAUUUAUAAAACUGGUUAUGAAAAGAUUUAAAAAAUUGUUUAAAAACAAAAAAGAUUUGUAAAUUGUGUGUACAUGUGAAAUUUCUAACCAUAAAAUAAUCCCAUAAAUUUGGAAAACAGUUUGUACAAUAUACAUGCUUUCGUGUGUGUGUGUGUGUUUGAGUUCAUGCAUUAGAUUACUUAAACUUAACCUUGACCUGGGAUUUAAAUGUUCCCUCUCUUAUCCAAAGCAAUUUACAUACAAGAAUGUUUUGCCUCUAUCAAAUAAAUAAAUCAUCCUUGUUCAUUAAGAAAGGGAUUAAAAGUUCAUCUUCUAUUAUCAAUAUUUUAUCUGCCAUAGAAGUGAAGCCUUUUCUCUUACCAUUUAUUUUAGAUUCUUAGCUGGAAGUGCACUUGAACUUGGAGUUUUGUGGAUGUCACUAAAUCUGUUUUUCCAGUGGAAAUGUACUUCCUUUUUUUUGGCUUAAGGCAGCUUUAUUAACGAUUGCUAAAUAAGGUCUAUAUAAUAAUUAAAAGUCAAAGAUCACACUUUUACAAAUGUGUGUAUAGUACACCAAUCUCAAUGUAAAUAAUAAUGCUUUUUCUUUUUUUUUACUUUCUUGCACUCAUUUUUAAAAAGUGGUUCAUGCAUGAAAAGCUGAAGAAAACAUUGUAAAUAAAGGUGUUAUUUGUUCCCGGUG